AUGGCUGAAAAGGAAAAGGAAGACUGUCUCAAGAGACGCGCAUUGCCUCGUGGAUUACAGAAACUCAUCGAACAGUGUUUGAAAAUCUAUCCCGACCAAACGAAUCCGCUGCAAGUGACGACCGUACUAAAAUAUUGGCUCGGUGGUCAGGAUCCGCUCGAUUACAUCAGCAUGUACCACAAUCCGGGCGAUCCGAAGCAACACAUACCUCCCCACUGGCACUACGUCAGCUUCGGACUAUCGGACCUGCACGGUGAUGGGCGCGUCCAUUUGUCCGACACUUCCGGUGGUCUGGAACCACGCUCCGGUAUGGGGUUUGAGCUUACGUUUCGCCUGCUCAAGUCACCCAACGCACCGCCGGACGAACGACCGCCAACGUGGCCAGCAAACUUGCUGCAAUCGCUGGCCAAGUACGUGUUUCAGUCGGGAAAUCGACUCUGCGCCGGUGACAACGUACCUUGGCGCCGGCCGCUCGAUAACAGUAGGGCAAACGGUACCUUCGCCAUACAGCAGAUGCUGAUAGCUGAAGAUCCUCAGCUGCCCCGGACGGAGACGCCGUUCGGUUGGGUCGAUUUCCUGCAGAUCGUGGGGGUAACCGUCGAAGAGCUCGAACAAGCGUCACGCUGGAACGGGAAAGGUGUACUGAAUCUACUCUGCAAAGACCCUGCCACCGGUGGCCCAUGGUUGAUCACGGAUCUCAAGCGAUCGUGCAGCGUAUUCGAGCAGUUCCCGGCCACGCUCCGCCAGCUCGAAAUCGAUCUCGAGAAGGAAGGUUCCGAUCUGGCGGGCGUGAAUGCCGAUUUAACGUUCAAAGAGCUCGCAAAGGGGGCGCUGGUGGCCACCAUCAAGCAGGAAGUGCUGGAUCCGGAAGAAGAACUCUCGCGUUCGAUAUCGUCGUGCAACAUUGGCGUAAAACAGGAACCGACCGCCGAUGAUGAGGGGUCGCUGGAGCGCUCGACCGGUUCGUCCGAUAUGGUCAAUCCGUUUGACAAUCCAAACAUUCCGUCGCGCGUCUUCCCACUGACCGGGAUCGAGCUAACGCUGGCACCGUAUGCGGCCAAAUUUCUUACCCUCGCCGUUAAGGACCGCAUACGCCACGGGCGUCACUUUACCUUCAAAGCCCAGCAUAUGGCGGUUACGUUCGUAGCUGAGUCUGUGACGGGUUCGAUUGUGACUCGUCAUUCACCGUACGCGGUGCUUGGGAACUGGGUACAGAUUCUCAUCCCGAACCGGCUGGUGGCGCGCAUGGUGGAAAGCUUCUCCGAGCUCGACACCAAGAACGCCGACAAUCUCAAGAUACCACUCUCGUAUGAGUGGCCGGAACACAAUCUAAAGUUCAUUAUCGACAACCCACCACCCGAACUGCUCAAUCAGCCAGGGCCGUUUCUGGCGUGAGCCGUGUCGUGCCACGCUGGGUUUUUGUCCGUCGUAUUAAAUGUUUCCUCACAUCGUGCCUUUACACGCUGACAACAGUGUGGGAAGUAGAUCUGAUUAAGAUGACUG